UUGGUGCUUCACUCUCAGAAGCUAUAUAUUCAUUCCCGUUCACCGCGCAUAGUGGGCAAGACUAUACCACCAAUUUCCAACCAAAUAUCAGUACCCUUUGUUGAUGCUUAUCAGAUACGUCUUUCUCAUUAAUAAUAUCAAGUUUCAAUAAAAGUUGCUCUCAGCAGACAAUUGAAAUGUCCAAUAUUAUGGCAAACCUAAAGACUUUCCAGCCAGAUUAUGGGAUUGGGACGAAUGAGCCACUGUUUCAUCUGAGGUCUUGUGCCAAAGGAUUGAUGGUGAAUGCUUGUGCCCAUGCACUUUUCUUCUGCAAAUUACUCAAUGCCACCAAACAGAAAGAAGAGAAUUAUGGGGAUGUACCCGCUGGUUCCCAGGCUCCUAAGGAUAAUCAAAGACUGAACAUUGGGAUUAUUGGUGGAGGCCAUCUUGGGAAACAACUAGCCCAAACAUUGUUAUAUUUGGGUGCCAUUUCAGGAAAGAACAUCCAGAUCUCCACAAGACGGCCAGAAACUCUAUUAGAAUUCCACAAGCUGGGAGUUGAAUGUGUCUAUAACAACAAGCAGCUGGUAGGCUGGGCAGAUGUUGCUUUUCUCUGCUGUCUUCCAUGUCAUAUUCCACAUAUGUUGAAGCAACUUAUUUGCUCCUCUUCAAUCUUGAGGCCACAGUACAAGUGCUCUGAGAACAGCUUUUUUUGUAUGUGGGAGGCUAACAGGACAGUUUUGGAAGCCCUCAAGGAUAGAGCAGUUAUCCAGGAGACAUGCCCUUGCAACUCCAAGAGCGAAAUAACUGUCGACAUAAAGUGGCUGGCAGCUGUAUUUUAUACAGCUUUAAAUAGCUACACCCAACAACGUUUAUCCUAUACAAGGGCUCUGGUAUUGCUCAAUCAAAUAUGUUUUUGUGAAGACAAUGCCACCACCUCAUCUCCAUUUCUAGUUUGUGAACAUUUUACCAACCCAGCCUUUGCUUCCACCUUGGCUGCUGCUGAGGCAGCUCACUUUCUUGUGAGAAUAGGAUUAACUGAAGCUACUUACAUCUGCAGAGAAGAAGGGUCAAUUAAGAUGCUCUUCUACCCCAAGUACCUGAUGGGUCUCAAGGGACCUAUACAUAACAGACUUUUCUCUUCUAGUUCCUUCCCCUGGUUUGAUAUAACAACUGUACAGCUAAAAGACUCACCUCUUAGCCAGCUUCUUGAAACAAAUACAUCUCUUCAAGAAACCAUUGCUUCAUGUUACUUUAACAUGCUAACAGCAUUGGCCAUGAAAAAUAAAGAUUUGACGACGUCUAUGACUAAAAAGACACCUCUAUCUGCAGUGCUGCUGAAACCCACUAAAUCACUGAUUUUUCAAAUUGAUGAAAUUUCCGCAAAGAAAACAGAAGAGGCAUCUAGUACUGAUUCUGAAGACUUAUAAAUUAUCCAGCUGUUAGAAGUGAGGGGGGGAUUUCUCUCCGUUUUAGCAUUAAAAGAACUUUGGGAGUACUGUCUACAAUGGUGUUAUAGGACUUCAAAUGGUAAAUAUUAAUUAAAGCCAAUUGAAAAUUAAAUUUUGCAGUGAAAAAUUAGGCAUAAAUGCAAA